AUGGAUGACAUGAAAGAAGGAACCGAACUUGUUGAACAACCGGCUGGCGGCACCGAACAACUCAGCGGUAAGGAUGCGUUUUUCCAGGCAGCGGAGAACGGUGAUGUGGCAACUCUGAAGGUGCUGUUGGCGAAUCGUAAUGAACUUGGAUUUGACGUCAACGAUCGGAAUGAAUCUGGAUAUACAGCAAUGCAGAUUGCUAUCAUGGAAGGUUACGUAGUUAUCCUCAAUGAAUUAUUACUAAUUGAUGCGCACGUUGGUGACGCCCUCUUGCGGGCGGCAGAGACGGAGUUCGAACACGCUGUCAAGUGCAUCCUCGAUUAUGCGACGAAAAAGCCGGAAGAGGACAGGGAUCGCAUCAUCAAUUGCCACUGUGAGGGCAGUGACUUUCAUCCACUCCUAACUCCAAUAAUGAGAGCAGCUCAAAAAAAUAAUUACUCAAUAGUGAAAAGACUUCUCGAUGUCGGUGCUCGUAUCCCCGAGUCCAAGUUCGAUGACGGCGGCGGUUCUGGCGCAGGGACGAUCGACAGCCUUCUUCAGUCAAUUGGUCUGGUUGAAAAAUACAGCGCCCUUGCCACCCCUGCGUAUGUGACUCAAGCCUACAGCGACCCCAUCGACAAAGCUUUCCAGCUGUCGAAGACGCUCGAGAAAAUCAGUUAUGUCGAGGUGGAACAUAAAUUAGUCUUUCAAGAGAUGGGAAGAAAAAUGGAACAACUCGCUGCCGAUCUCAUUGCCGAAGCAAGGAAUACGGACGAGAUCCUCACUAUAUUGAAAUAUUCUGAGAAGGCUCCAGACAGGGCGAAAAAGAAAACUGCCAGUACCACUGUCCUACCUAAGAUUUCCCGUGCAAUCAAAUAUAAACAAAAAAGGUUCGUGGCAGAGCCCAACUGCCAACAGGCGACAUCAACUCAAUUCCGUCGUCAGUUGGUUGAUAUAGGAGACUGGUCGGCAUUCAUGCAACUACUCCUCCUUCUAGGGGUUAUAUUAUGUUACCCUCUCCUGAGCAUAUUGUACAAGAUGGGAGUGAAAGGCAGCUUCAGGAAGUUUAUACGUACACCGUAUGUCAAGUUUAUGAUGCAACUGGGAUCUGACAUUGCUCUACUAGCCAUUAUCACAGCCAAAACCUUCAUUGAUGGCCCCCAAGAUAUCUCACUUGAAAUAUUUGAAAUCGGUUUACUUGUUGCAUUUGCGUUGGGUAUCGCAUAUAAGACUUUAUCGUACCUGGUUGUGGACGGACCAAAGUUCUUCUUCAACUUCACCCACUACCGCGAUCUCCUCAUCGUCUCGCUCCUCAUGUUCGAGUGUAUACUGGAAGCUCUCAAAGUCUACGAGAUUCAAAUGGAAGCCGAGAUAAAACCGUUUGUCGAACGGGAGCAGAAUGAGGUAGCUGUCCUUUCGAAGCCCAUCUUAGCUCUGGUGAGCGUCCUCGCUUUCCUCCGCAUCUUGCCUUACCUGACCGCCAACGACCUCGUUGGUGCAUUCCAGAUCUCGCUUGGAGACAUGAUCGUCAACACCUCCCAUUUCUACGUCAUCCUCGUGGGCGUCUUCGUCGCGUUCUCAAGCGGGAUGACAUUCAUCUAUAGCAACACGGUCCAGGGGUCGCGGGAACUCAGCUGCGAAUUCCGCCGUGGUGAUUGCUCCGAUCUCAAAGUCCAUUUCAACAGCAUUGUUGAUGCAACUAUCACACUGUUUUGGUCAUUGUUUGGUCUUAUUGGCAUCGAUAUCCUCAAUCUACCAGCCAAUCAACAGGUCCAACAGAUCGCUGGUGUCGUCAUGUAUGUUUUAUUCCAUCUCUUAGCCGUGCUCGUAUUACUCAAUGCACUGAUUGCUGUAAUGAGUAACGUCUACAACGCUGUCGAGGAAAACGCGGACGUAGAGUGGAAGUACUCGCGCACUGCAUUAUGGAUGUCUUUUAUGGAUGAUAUGUUUACUGUUCCCCCUCCCUUCAAUCUUCUACCGGAUAUGGGAGAUUUCUUUCACCACUGCACCUUGUGUUGUAACACUAAGAAUGGCAAUGAUACGGAAAUACAACAUACAGAAGACGAUCAACGCGAAUAUCGUUCAGUACAUUAUGAUGACUACCAGAGGGUGAUCAAACAAUUGAUGGAACGGUAUGUUGCCAGAAGACUUACCGACGAACAGAGCGCAACGGGUGGAAUAGGACCUAUGGACAUCCGGGACCUUCGGAAUGACGUAGCUGCACUCAGAUUUGAUGUAACAGCCAAGCUAUUGCAAAUGGAAGAAUCAAUUGACAGAGGAAAGGACCAGAGUGUAGUGAUCUAUGGACAGAGCGAGGAGACACACAAUGUUUUUGAUAAAACAUUGGAGAUCGAUGGGAUGGUUUCCAAAUAUAGGUUCGGAAUCAACGAGAGAUGUAAUGAUGUCAAAAAAUACAAGGAAUUCAUUCCUGCUUUCGGACAAGUCGAUGCCCUAAUGGGAGAACUAGUGCGUGCACUUGAAGAGACAAUCAAGACUACAGCGACAGUGAGCACAUCGACAAACCCAAGAAAUCCUGCAACAUCUACAGGCACAUCAACUGAUGCGAGUUACCCCACAUCGUCCGCAGGCACAUUGACCGACCCAAGACAUUUUACAGCAUAUGCAAGCACCUCAACCACCUCAAUAAAGUCUACAGCCUCUACGAGCACCCAAACCGACUUGUAUGUGCAUCCCUCCCCUGCCCCCAUAUCCAGCUCCAGAAUUGUCUCUUCCCUCAUCAGGCAAUACGAGACACCGAAGACAACCCAAGAAACGGGGUUAGAUCUCUUACAACGCGGAAGUCAUGGAUACGGGAUGAGGCAGUCAAGAAGUACUUCCGGGUUGUCCGAAGCAAGCCGAGUUCAUGUGCCACAGGGUGCGGGCUCUCGAUCGGCUUCUUCUUCAAGGUCAAACCUACAGGGCGGGCUUGAUGACCCAGACGAACCUUUUCACCAGAAAUAAUUAUGAACUAUUGAUUUAUUCAUGUUUUCAAAUCUGUUUGUGAUUGUAUUCAAAAUGUUACUUGUGACAAAAUUGUGAAUUUUUGUGUCAUCUAGGACAAUCUUAAUAACAUACAUUUAAGGACACUUAAGCUCAAACCCGACAUUGAAGGAGUCGGAGCAUAACUCGUUCAUGAUCAUUAUAUACCAGCCAUUGGGAUCGGGAUGGAAAAAGAUUAGAUACUAGCCAUUGCCCCUUCCUUCAGAACCUCAAAACGUUUGUUACUAUACAACCCAUCCAGCAUACGUCAUUUUCUUUCAUUACGCUAAGAUACCAUCAAACACCUUACUUCGUUCAACUACUUGUUUCCAAACUAUCUGCGAAAUCCUCUGUAUAUUUGUCCGAAGACUUGGAUUAUAAACUGUACUUUCUGAAACAUGUACUCAAUGGAUUAAAAAGAUUCACAUUGUGACUACCAAGACCUAAUUUACCUUAUUAACCAGGCAAAGUCGUGGUAGUGUAUUUACCAUUCUCCUGUGGUCUAUUGUUGUUCUCAUGAUGUUACCAUGGAGAUAUGAUGUUACAGUCACAUUAAAAAGAUACUUAUCCAGGGGCCUGUUGCAGAAAGAGUUUCGUUUAAACGCAAGUCAAAAAAAAUAAAUUGCAAGUCCCAAAUGCGCGCUGUUGAUUGGUUGAAAAUCAAGUUACGCAUGAUUUUUAGAGUUGCGAUUGAUUGCAACUCUUUCUGCAACGGGCCCCUGAUCAAUCAAAGCCAUGACGUUAUUUCCAGUGAUAUAUAUCAUCGAGCGAUUUGAACUCGGCUACGUAGGUGUACCUUUAGCAUUUUAGUAUAUUGAAAUACUUGUAUCUCAUUAGCAUAUAGGUGAAAUUUCCUUUCCCAACUCGUGUUAUUCGUGUCUACUAUUCAUGCUAUUAUUCACUUUGUGAGAUAGAUCUGUAAUAUGAUCAAAUAAUGUCAAUAAUCAGUACUAAUAAUAAAAAUGGUUGCUUGUCUCGGGUACAUAUUUGCGAUGGCUUUCCCAGAGCAGGUAUUCUACAUUUCAGGUUGAUAUGAAAUAUAUAUAGGGAGAGCAGAAUUAGGAUAAGGUAGAUUUCAAAACCGAUAGAGGGAUAAGGUGAUAUUAAAUGUAUCGCUUAUUCGUCAUUCUUUUAAAAUAUAUGUAUAUUCAAUUUAUAUCUGAUUUUAGUCUAGACCAUUUCAUCAGCAUUAUCCAUGGGGAUAUUAUUUGUAAAGGUUGUACUUUGUCACUUACCGUUUUUUCUUUGAAUUCGUGCAUACCAUGUAUUUGGGUUAUCAUUCCACACGUUUGUCUACAAAUCUUUAUAUACCUCCCUCAAAUAUGUAUGCAAUUAAUAGAAACUCGCUAUAUGUUUCAAUUCGAUAUGCAUUUCAAAUCAGUCUACUUAGAAGAUGUGAUGCAAAUUCUAUGUCAAGUAAUGUGUAUUCAGAAUGUUAAACUUUUGAUCACCCUGUUGAUAUAUGUAUGACUUUCGUAACCUCUAUAAAGAUUGAAUAAAUGCCUUUUUAUCUAGAAACAA